UACUUCCGUCAUCUUUACCACAGAAAAACAACCCACUCACAAAAAAUAUGUCAAAAGCAAGCGAUUCAAACAAUACUAGCCAAAGUUAUAAAUUGGUUGUAGUAGGUGGAGGUGGUGUUGGGAAAAGUGCCUUAACCAUACAAUUUAUACAGUCAUACUUUGUAACAGAUUAUGAUCCAACCAUAGAAGAUUCAUAUACCAAACAAUGUGUUAUAGAUUCAGUUGUUGCCAGACUAGACAUUUUAGAUACUGCAGGACAAGAAGAGUUCAGUGCUAUGAGAGAGCAGUACAUGAGAUCGGGGGAAGGUUUUUUGUUAGUUUAUUCUGUGACUGAUAGAAGCAGUUUUAAUGAAAUUUAUAAAUUCCACAAGCAGAUAUUACGAGUGAAAGAUAGAGAAGAAUUCCCUAUGAUAUUAGUAGCAAAUAAAGCUGAUUUAGAACAUCAAAGAAUAGUCACAAGAGAGGAAGGUCAAGAAUUAUCUAGACAACUGAGAAUAAAUUAUAUAGAAGCUAGUGCUAAAAUGAGACUUAAUGUAGAUCAGUCAUUUUAUGAUUUAGUCAGAAUUAUAAGAAAAUUUCAAGCAGAAGAAAGACCAGAAGAAAAUUCUCGAAAAAAUGGAAGCGGCAAACAUCGGAAAGGACGAUGCUCUAUAUUAUGAUGUACAAAAGACAAAUUUACUGUGUAAAUGUGAUAAAAAUGAGGUCACAAACAUAAAGAAAGACAACUUCUGGUGCCAUGUAUUUUCAUUGUUAACAUCUGAACAGCAUCGUGUGUAAGAUUCGCUCUUUUGCUUCAGUUGAGAUGUUUGUGAUCGCAGAAACUUUUCAUCCUUCUUGUGUCUUCUGCCUUUGAGAAAGGAUUUAUUGGUGUAGUCUUGAUGUUAUCCAUUCAUACGUUGCAUUUCAUCUUUGCGAAGAAAAAACUGUUACCAAUAUAUAGUGAAUCGUGUUUCCAGUGUAGAUUUUAUAAAUUGAUUGUGUUUUCUGGCAUAGAUUUAUAUAGUGCUCAAAUGUUAUCCAUUUUGUUUUGAAUGGACAUUAACAAUACUGUUGUAAUGUUUUCUGUGACUAUAUACCCAUAUAGUGUACAACUUUAAAGACUAGACCUUUGACCUUGUUUUGACAUAUUUUUCCAUCUUAUUCUGUGGUAGAGUUUAGGUCAGAUCAUUUUCCUAGUGGCCCUCAAAUGUAAAAAGUAAUCUCUGCCUUUUUGCAUUUCUUUGGACUGCUGAAAUCUAUGAAUUGAGAAUAAAAUAUAAUCCUUCCCUUUUUUACAUUUCCUUUUACAACUAAAAUCUUGAAUUUAAACAGAAAUAUUGAUUUUAUUUCAUGCUUUCAUUGCGUUUUAAACUAAUUUGAAAAUGAAAUUUUAAAUAUUUUUCAUUUAAUUUGAAGUCCCAACUUUAAAAUUGUUUGCUUUGUUUUUGCAUUCCAAUAUUGCUGACUUGUUUGUAAGCUAAUUAAAUUCUUGCAUUAUAAGUACUUAUACAGCCUAAACCAUUCACCUAUUAACCAAUCUUCUUGCAGGUGGUCAAUUCUUUAGUUAUAAGAACUUUUAAGAAUAAAAAACAGCUGAACAAAAAAAAUUAAUUCAUAUUUUGAAUAUUUUGGAUUUUAGUCACUUUUUAUAAGAAGCUGCAGUAUCAACCUUAAUACAAUUGACCACUUAAUGGAAUAGUGGUUAACACAUAAAUGGUUUCUGCUAUAAAACAAUUAACAGUAUUAUAGUUGUCUUUACCUCCUGUGUAUAUUCCUCUGUAUGCUUUGUAACUAAUUCAUGGCCAGUUUCUGACUUUUAUGUGCAAUAUUGGAGGUUUCUGAUUUCUGAAUAAUAUUUGUGGCUGUGAUUAGAAAAAAUAUUGUAUUUCCAGUUUAUGGCUGAAUGAUUCCCGUGGUUACAUAAGUGCUGAGGAAUGAUGGAGAAUAGGAAACGUAUAGUAUUCUUAAAUUGAAUUAUUUUCUCAAAUAAAAAAAAAGAUUUCAUAUACAAAGUAGUAGUUGAAAACUGAAGGACUGGUGUGCACCUACAAACUUUAUUGAAAAUUAGAUUCAUUGAUGUCUUGAUAUUACAUCUAUUGGUUGUCAUUUCAGUUGGAUACAUUUUGUGUACUUAAGGUCAUGAGUCAACGUGCAAGGGAAAUAACUCUCUAAACAUCAACAAAAUAUAUUGGUAGUAUUGUGGAAUUGAAUCCUUUUAUUUACAUGGACUCAAAUUUGUAAAGAAGAUAACAUCUUCUGUUUAGGCCAUUGAGUAUAUAUUGUCGAGGGAAUGUGUGUUUAAUAGUUUUUAUUAAUUGCUGCUAGGAAUUGUAUUUUCACCUUAAGAUUUGGAGUAAAUUUGCUGUGAAGUUAAUUUGGGCCAAGUUUUUUUUAAGUGUCAUUCUUACUUGUGGUUGCUUUCUUGCCAUCUGCUUUCGAAGUCAUUGUAAGUAUUUAUUAAUUCUGUCCAAUGCUUUUUUUUUUAUUAUGGAGUGCUGAAGGAACAAAAGUUUAGUGAAAAGGUUUAUGUAUCCAAUGUUGUGUUUUCUUAACCUAUACAGUGGCAUUAUGAUAAAUUCUCUGCAUGUUGAUACCCCAGUAUGGGGCAUUAUGGUUUCUUGUCUGUGUAUCAGUCUGUCUGUUCUGUAUCAGGUUAAAUUUUUGGGAUAGAGUUUACCAUGAAGUUGUAGUCACAUCAACUUGACUACUCAUUUUCAUUAUGAUGUGAACAUUUUCAAAUGCAUGCCAAAUUAAGGUUUUGACACCGAUUUUGUAGUUCCCUGAACAUAGAAAUGUAUUAGUGCAAGCAGGGCAAGGUGUCCUAUGUACAUAUAUUCUUUUUCUUAUUAAUGAAAGUGUUGAUUUUGGGUAUGACCUCUUCAUUCUCCUGUUUAAUUCAACUGAUCAUUUUUAAAUGUUAGGUUUUUCCAAGAUUUUUGUUUUAGAUAUGUCAAAGAUAAGAUUUUUUCCUUACAAAACAAAGGUUCCUUUUAUUAAUGUUUUCAUCAUUUAUAACAAAAAGUUUUUCAUCUCUUUGUCAGGUUACCAAAGAAUUAUAGCAGCAUAAAUAAGUAUUUAAUUUCUAUAUUCUUGUUGUUUCAUUGAUAUCAUAGAAAUCAAAUAUAUUAUAUCUAUAAUUGGCCAUUUCAGAAUCUAAAGGACUAUGGGUAAUUUCAUUGUUCGUACCCCAAAAUGAAAAUAACCUCACGUCAUUGGUUGAAUUUCCAUUGUUUAGGACGUUUUUAACCAAUCACGACGUUUUGGUGUACAUUUUUGAAAAUAUUACCCAGAAUGCAUUAGAUUCUGAAACUAAAAAUAACUUCUGGUUCUAACAGAUUUAUAUACCUUAAUCUAUCUUCUAUUUUUUUAAAAAGAAUAUGGGAAAUAUAUGAGCUGUAAAAAUAAUUAUUAAUUGUGUGAAGAAAAAAAUUAGUCUUACCCAAACUAUGAAUUUAACUAGUCUUGUUGCAUAUUAAUGUACAUUCCUCUAUAAUCUUUCUGUAACCUUUAUUUUGUUACUAUUUGUUAUUGAUAAUUUUAAUUUUGUAAAGUAUGUAAUAAUUUAUAUCUUACUUUUAAACUAGAGAGAUUAGUUUGUAUCUUGCAUUGUAUUAAAUUUGUUGUUAUUUAUUUUUUGUAAAUUUGAUCCAGUGAUUUUUUCUUUUGUUUGAAAAAAAAUACAUAGAGGACUGCAUGUGGGGUGUAAUAAGUUUGAAUUGUUUGUUUCAGUAUUUUCGUAUUUAUAGAUAAUAAAAUGGCAGAAAAGUUUGCAAUUUGAGCAUUAUAAUUUUUAAAUAAUUAAGAAAAAAAGGUUUUUAAAAAAAUACUGUCAUUUUUCAUUUAUUUGCAGGCUUGAAUAAAUUGCUUUUUGCUGCUGUUUUUGUAAUGCUUGUACAAUUACUGAAUACAGAGAUUAAACAAAUUUAAAAAAAAAUUAAUAGCGUUUUAUGGUUUAUCUUUAACCAACUUUUUUGUGCAGAGCAAAGGUAGCCAUUACCUACGUUAAGAGAGAUAACACUUUAAAUUGGUUAAACGUUUGUAAUAAUCCUUUCCAUCAAUGUUUGUAAAGUAUUUAUGUGAAACAGAAAUUAAAUGAUCUGUGUUACUUUGAAACUUAGAAAAUAUUUAAGAAAAUGUUUGACAUAAAGGUACAAGUGAUUUUUAACAGUUAUGCCCCGUAGUGUAGCUGUAUCUUCUUAAACUGGCCAAAACUGGCUUAGAGCUGGUUAUUAGUUUUUGGAGUAAUUUGUGUCAUAAUUUUUGAAAAUUAAUAAGUAAAUAAUAAAAAUUAGGGAGAAUAGAAGGUUUCUAACAUUUUUUAUUACCCGGUAAACAAGACUAAUUAAAAAGGAUUUGAUAAUUCCAACAAAAUUGUAAUUAAUUAUAAACAUGUAAUCAAUUUGUACAGAUAUUAACAACUUUAUACAGUUUUAUUUAUACAAUAUGUACUUAACUCAGAUUAGUUUUAUUUUUAGGGAAUUUAUGUUUACAUUUAUUAUGACAUUUAUAUGAUUCGUAAAAAAAAAAAAACUAAUGAAUAUAAAGGAGCGAUCGUAGAAUGAAUUAUAAAUAUGAGUAUAUUGGGAAAAUCUGAUUGUUCCUUUUUUUAUAAUUACAUGCUUUGUUUGUAUGUAUAUACCCGAAUAGCUUUAAAUUUUAUGCUUUUGAUAUUUCAGUUUUCUCUGGUAAGAAAAUUGCUAUCAGUAUAAAGAUUUUUUUUUUGUAAUUUUAUAAAUUACAUUUACAUUUUAUUUUUAUAAUCUGUAGAAUUUUUAAGCAAGUUUAUAUCCUUGCUUGACAUGACCUUGAAAAUAUCUCUCUGAACCAAUAUUUUGAUAAUUGUGUCUAGUAAUGGACAUAUUUACUGGUCAAGGGUCCAGUCUGAUCUUUUCAGCUUAGCAGUUUUAGCUUGGGUUCAGGAAGUACUGCUAAAAUCUGAUAUAACAGCACUUAUAUAAAUGAGGACAAUUUUUAUAGAUCAAAAAAUAAAAAAUCUGGAAAAAUGGAGAUAGGUCCAUGUGCACAUUUUGGAGACAUGCUCAUCUAAAAAAAUAGAUAUAAAAUUGACUAUUAAACAAAUUUAUUGUGUAGUCUGUAAAAGCUGAAUAAAUCAUUCUUGAACUCACCUGUAGAAGGUUAAGUAUUGCAUUUCAAAAUUUAUUUUGAUUUUGAGAUAUAAAUGUACUAUCUAAAUUAGUACAUUUGAGUUCUACUAAAUCUUCCACUAUCUAUUAGGAGACACAUUGGCUCGUUCAGAUGCUUAACGAUUUCUGUUAUAUUAUUUUAGCUUAUAUUGUUUUGUAUAUUGCUUUUAAUCAUUGUAUUUUGAUUGAACAACUGUACAGCAUUUUAAUUUUCAUAUUUCUAGUCAUUAAAAACAAUGAAUAUCAAAACAUUAAUCAAUACUUUGUUUUUUUCAUAUGCACUUUUUGAUAUCAUUAUCACAUUUUGAAUAUCUUUCUAUCAUCAAACUCAGUCAACUGAAAUCUUUAAGAUAUCGAUUUCACUAGUGAUUUCAAAUAAACAAAAUAAAAACUUUUUUAAUUAGUAUACCCUAAAUUUCUAUUUGGAUCAUAGCCCCUGCCAUUGAAUAUAACCAAAAUACUUAUAAAGUAAAUAAAUUAUACUUAUAUGUUUAACUCAAGCCUUUCUUUGGAAUUCUACAUUAUAAAAAGAGGAGGUCGGAUGAAUUUCUCCAUUUUAGAAUUGUGUUUCGUGAGCAAUUUAUUGAACUGAAUUUAAAUAUCUUUGAAAAAAUAACAUUUUAAACCUCUGAAACAGAUUUUAUUCAAUUAAAUUUAAUCACAGUAGGGUAAAUUUUUGCAGCAGAAUCCAUCCAUCUGUCAACCAGUUUUGUUGCAAGUGUUGAGAUCAUAUCAGAAUGUUACAGGAGUUAUUGAAAAAAAUGUUUGAUGUUAGUAAAAAUUGCUGAACAGCUUUAUUUACUUUAGAUUAAGUUUGAUUUGCUUAAGUAAUUUAAGAAUGUUUGCCUAACACUGAGCAUUUUUUUUUUUAUUUCAACAACUAUCAAAUUUGUAGAGCUUCUGUAACAUUCCGAAAAAAAUUACCCCUUGCAAGAAAAUAGAUUAAAAGAUAAGUGAGGAUUGGGAGUCUUCGCUGUUAUGUCAUUUAAAUAAAUUAUUUAAGUUUUAGUCAUCAUUUUGUACAUUUUUUUUUUCAUUUACUUGGAGGUUCUUUCAUUUAUAACAGAGCAAGUGUUUAAUUAUAUUUGUCAGAGGAGUAUUUGUAAUUUAAUAUAUAAAUGAAUACAUUUAAAAAAAAACUAUGUUUUUUGAAAUCCAUUUAAAAUGUUGUAAGUUGGUGUAAAAAAGUUGCAUUUUUGUCUCACAUUUUGAUAACAGACCUGAAAGAAUGCAGGAAACUUAAAACUAUUUUUCUAAUGAUUGUAGUUUAAAGGUUUGGUUGGCCUGCUUGCUUUGUUUGUAUAAAUGUUUGCUCAAGCAUUGUAAUUAAGAUUGACAUCUGCAAUCAAUAGAUAGGCGGGGCUUCAGCUUGUAUACAUAAUACUCUGCACUAUUACAUUACAUCCAAUAACAUUUAAGUAUAAUGUAUACAAGCUGAAGCCCCGCCUAUCUAUUGAUUGCAGAUGUCAAUCUUAAUUACAAUGCUUAUCCUUUGAUAAGGGAAUUGGACAUCAUUGUUAUUAUAGACCAUAAUGCUGUGUUAACCAUCUAGAAUGUUAAACCAAAGAUGAACUCUUUUGAAUUUAUUGGGAUACAGGAAUCAAAGUAAACUAACUGUACAGUGAUGGUAGUAAAUUUACCUAGUAAAGCUUAAAGAUCUGCAAAAAAGAAGUGGACUUCACCACCCCCUUAUUUUUUGUAUAAUUGUUGAAUUAAAUUUUGCAUUCAAAUAUCAAUACUCUAGUAAACUGGCAUUUUAUAAGAAAUUUGAAUAUCUGUUUUGUGUAAUGUUUUAGUUUUAGUCUUAGGAAAGAAAAUUUAUUUCUUCCAUUUAAGCCCUUAUAACAAGAGCUCACAUAUAUUUGCAUUGCUUUGACUAUUCUGUCUUUCAUCUUUAUGCUUUAUUGAAUUUAAUUCGUAAUGUCUCGCCUAAUGCAUUACUCAAUUUUUUCAUUGUAAUUAUGUGGAGUGAGAAGUUUUACUGCUAGCUUGCUGAUUGAUUUAUCUCCAAUGUAUCAUUACAUGGUAAAUUUUGGGGAUAUAAGAAUAUUACAUGGUGGCUGUAUUCCAAAAAAACAUUUAAUCUCCAAAAGUGACUUAAUGAGUACUGGUUAUAUGAUUUUUAUAUUCAAAUAAUAGUAAAAGCCUUUAGAGUGUGGCUGUAAAGUUAAGCUAAAAGCAGAGGCAGAUUUAGGGGGACCAGGGGACCAGGCCCCCUUAUGGAGCUACAUUUAUGGUUAAUGCAUUGACUUUGCACCAGUUCUACUCCUUAUAUUGCCUUGAUUGGUCAAUUUGGUCCCCACUUUUUCAAAAUCCUGGCUCUGAACUGAAAAGGACCUGAUGAAGGUGGCUAUUUGGCUAAUGUAAAAUAGAUAAAAAUUGUGUCUUGACUUUAAUCAUCAAUAUGUGCUUGAUUGAAAUAAUUAUUCAAACUUAUGUUUUCAACAAAAUAGUACUAACUAAACAUUUAAACUAAAAAGUACAGAAAUUAUUUCACUGACAUCCAUUUCUAAUGUGGAAAGGACCUUUUUGCUGGACUUCCCCCCUCCCCCUAGAAGUUAUUUCAAGAUUCAAUAACAUUUGUCAUAUGAUUUUUCAGAUUUUAGAAUGUAUUCAGAGAGCAAAUUUUAAUCAAGAGUUUAAUAAGCAGACAUUCAAACCUAACUUAGUGAAUCGGACAUGCUGACCUCCCUAAUAAAUUAUGUUCAUUUCAUUUUAUGUGUCUGAAAAAGUUGAUAUGAUCAUUUAUUACCCUUUUGAAUCAAAAUCGCCAAGUAUUAUACAUCUAUCAAAUAAAAUCAUUAAGAUAUUCACAACAGUUUGUCAGAUAUCAGUAAUUGUAUAUUUGAGUUGUGUCUGCAUAUACUUGUUUUGAAACAUCAAGCUUCUUACUUCAAAAAAAAAAAAAGGUAAAAAUUGUCCAAUUUGGAGAUUUUCCAAUUUGUAUUUGGAAAUUUGCAACAACCUUAUCCAAAAUGAUAUUUUGUCACAAAAUGUUGAUCUAAGAUGUUGAUGUGAAUCAAAAAUAUUUGGAAAUAACCGUUGCUCAUUUUGAAUUCGACCAAAAUGUAUUUGUAAAUUGACCUUAUUUGGUCUUGUUUAUGAUGUCACAGUGACUUCACAAAUGAAAUUUGUGCACAUUAGUGACUAGACAUUAUUCAUUUAUUUAAAAAAUCACAUAGGUUUGAAGGGAUUGAAGAACUAACUAUAUUUGUCAUUUCAAGGGCCAAUUAAUGGCUCAUAUCAUACCUCCCCCUUUCUGUAUAUAUCAACAGAAGCCUUGAAAUUGAUGCUUACAUAUUAAUGAAAAAGGUGAUUUCUAUUGGUUUAGAUCAUGUCAGGUGACAUUUAAUUAAAUUCUGAGCAAAACCAUACACUUUUUAACCCAAUUUUCUUGCAAUUUUAUAUCUAGAGCCAUUCAAACUAUUAUUAAUUGCUAAUUACUCAGGGUAAGCAGCCUGUUUCAGUAGACUUUGCCUUAGGUUACCAUGGUAAGAGGUGUUCCGUUUGAGCAAAUGGGUAUCAAUGCCUGAAUUACUUUUAUGAUGAUUUUUGAUGAAAAUUAAAAUUAACUUUACAAUAUUUAGAAAAUGGGUUUAUAUGUGCAUGGUAUAGUUGUAAAAACCAAUAAGUUUCUCUUCCACUUGCCUAUAUGUUGUAAGAGGUUUGGGUCUUUUGAGUCUGUUAAUUAAAGUAUUUUUGACCUAUAUGAAAAACUGUAAUUGUAUUAUUGUAAGACAAUGCAUUUUCAGGUUCUAUUUUGUGAUAUUAUCGCUUGUUUUUUAAAUCAUCUAUAUAUACAUGUGUGUCAUUAUUUAUAUCUGAGUUUCAUGUAUAUGUGUGUGGUUAUACAUUAAAUGUCUUAUAUAAUGCAAGUUUCUUUUCUGUCUUUCAACAUAUUGUGUAGUAUAGAAUAAAUAUUUUUUGUGACUAUUUUGGCUAUUCCUUAGAGAAAUAGAGAAAGCUAUUUUGAAAUUUGUGCUUUUUAAAAAUGAACAAGAUUAGAUUCUUGAAAUAUGAUAUAUAUUGAGGAAUUUCUGAUUCAAUUUUCAUCCAAGUUUACAUCAAAUAGUAAUGUGUAAUGAAUAGGUAGUAGGGAUAAAAGGAAAUUUAAUAUUUAUUAUAGUAAUUUAAAAAAAUAUUCCAAUCUGAAUAUUAGAGACUUGCAUAUAAAAUGCAUUAUGAAAUUUAUUAUUCAUUGGGUUCAAGUAUGCCUUAAUUUCUAGGCAGAAAAAAAGAUUUUUUUUCAAUUGGGCUUUUCAGACUCUAAAGGAUUAUGGGUAAUUGCUCAAAAAUAUAUUAUGUCAUUGGUAGAAUAUCAAUUGUUCAGGAAAUUAUAAAUUAAUCAAAAGUUUUAGUGAACUUUAUGAAAAUGUUACCCAGAAUGCAUUAGAUUCUGAAAGGGCAAAUUAUUUAUUUAAUCAGAAAAAGAGAUAAUGACAAGUGUUGAUUAUAAUUAUUAGUAAAAUUUGGAUGAGAAUAGAAAUUUAAAUUCAGAACUUCUGCAAACUUCUAUUUAGGACACACAUUUUUGGUCGUAAUUGAUUGAAAAGAGAAAUUUAGAGAGGGGUGGAUGGACCUUUUUUCGGGACAUCGUGAUUGGAUCUUAAUUUUUUUUGCAGGUAAUUCGGGAUUGGGCCUUUAUUUUUGCUAGAGUUUGGGAUUAACACUUAUCUUAACCCGGGAAUUGAAGAUUUAUUUUUUCAGGAUCUGUGAAAGAAUGCUUUAUUUUUUUCGGGAAAUCAGGAUGACACCCCCUCCUAUCCCCCUCUUUUGAGUAUGGACAAUUUUUGUCUUAUUUGAACAAAAAAUUAGCUUCAGUAAUUAUUAGUUCUUAAAACCAAGAUAGCAGUGGAGGAUCCAGGGGGGAGGGUUCUGGAGGUUGGAACCCCUUUUUUUUUGACGAUUAAUGCUUUGGAAUGGGGACAUGUGGUUGGAACCCCCUUUUAAAAAUGGCUGGAUCUGCCCCUGGAUAGACUUGCUUACUAUUAUCAGUAAUUUUUGCCUUGUUAUAAAUAUUUGUGUAUGAUAUAUUACCAAUAGACUGGGAAGAAAUUUGUGUGUAUAUUACCUAAUUGUUGUAUUACAGCUAGGAAGGAUACGUUGCCUUUCAUCAAGGCCAUAAAAAAUUAUUUUUAGAUUCUUGUUCUUGUUUUUAUUAGAACGUUUGGGGGUGAGAGGAUUUUAUUUUUUAUGCUUUAUUAGCUCAACUAUCACAAUGGGUUAGUGUUAGCUAUUGCCAUCACUUGUCAAUUUCAAUAUCUUUUUCUUCUAAAAAUUAAUAACUUAGGAUCAAAUUUUGCUUGAUUAAUUUUUAACCUAUUUUAAAAUUUGUUAUUUAUUUUGGAAAAGUCUUAGAGAAAUGAUGAAUUUAUGAUUCUUUUUUUGAACUACAGAUUAUGAUUGAUACAGACAUCAAACAUGGUAAUAAUUCAGAAUUCUCAAUCAAUUUUCCUAACCUUUUUGCUAUUUAGUAGAGUUGAAGGGACACUAAUUAUAAAAUUAGUUUUAUAUGGCCUAAUAAUUGUUUUCUUACCAUGUAAUUAUGUAUUUUUAAAAUACAUUGAAUAAACGUAAUGAAUUUUACAA